CCGCCUUCUUUUUCUCAUCGCAGGAAUCGGUGUAGGUUGAGCAGAGUGUUGAUUUCCAAGGAAAACCAAAGUUUUGACAGGGACGUGGUCGUGAAAAUGGGGAGUCUGCAGCUGUGUUUAGGUCCAGAUCUUGUGGGAUCUAUCCAAUCCUCAUUCUGAGUGGGCGUAGUGGCCAUGACGUAAGCAUUUUCAUCCCCUCUGGAGUGACCUGUGGAUGAACGACGGACAGUGUGUAUCAGGAUGCCAGAGAUGACAGAGAAUGCGAGCCGUCCUCACAAGCCCCAGAGGAAGAAAAACAAGGAAACACACAAUGCUGUGGAGAGACAUCGGAAGAAAAAGAUCAACGCUGGAAUUAACCGCAUUGGCGAGCUCCUCCCCUGCUCCCAAGCCCUGAAACAGAGUAAGAACAUGAUUCUGGACCAGGCCUAUCGCUACAUCACAGAACUGAAGCAGCAGAACGACACACUUCUACUCAAUGGUGGAGACAAGGUGCAAGCAGAGGAGAUCCGGAGGCUUCGGCGCCAGCUGGACGAGCUCCGCAAGGAAAGCGCCCACUACAUGGAGCUGCUGAAGGCCAACGGCAUCAACUUUCUGGAUGACCCCACAGUACACUGGAAAGGCAGGCUGGGCCGCACCCGGCUCUCCAAGGUCACCCCAGCGCACUUGGUCCCCGAGGGCAUAAUUGUCUACUCCAACGGGAACGUACUUUGCCCCGCAGGGGAGGAUCCGGCUGCCUCCAGCCAGAACGCAGGGAAACGGUCUGGUGACAUCAUAGCCAACCAGCCUGCAUGCAGUGUGGCACCUGCAUCCAGGACCAAAUUCUGCUUACAGGACCCCCCGGCCUCUCCUGCGGCCCAGCUCGUGCCUGUUCCAGGUCUCAUGGCUGUGGAGCAACACGCAAGUGACCCUCACGUCAUCUCCAAGCUGCCCGGUGCAGUGUCUUACAUCGCCGUCCCGGCAGUCUGCCCCCUGUCGGCAACUAGCUUGGCCACACCCCUGCCCUCAAUCUCCACGGCAACGCAUGGCCCUGCAUCCCAGGUCACUCUCCCUCUGGGGCCUCUCGCAGUCCCCACCCUGCCCUCAGCUCUUGGUUCCACACCACAGUCUCAGGAGUCAGCCCUGAGGACUCUGGCCUUGGACUCUUCUGCUGGAGUUGCCCCGGAACAGGGCCCCCGAUCACUCAGCACGGUUACCCUCCCCCAGAGUGUUGGGGACAGCCAUGCGCUCAGGAUUGGCAGCACCGGAAGCACGCAAACAACGUGGACAACGCUGCAGCUGGGCCCAAAUAGUGUGCAGCCUUUCUGUCACGCCAUAGGCAGCACUGCCUCUCCCACACAAACAUGCAACAGUACCGCACAUAGCCUGCAGGGGGCACUCAUGUGUCCUACUGGCUCUGUUACCUCCAUUCAGCCUGUGCUGGCACAAGCCCAGGUCCAGAGUCCCCCUCCUGUACUGGGCCCCCCUCAGGUCACAGUCCAGACCUCCAUGCAGGUCCCGCUACCGCCCCCUGUUCACGUCCCGCUGCAGAGCACUGCACAGGCCCCACUCCAGGCCACACCCACAGUUCUGCCCCUGAUGCAGACCAUGCAGGUGUUGCAGAUGCGGAGCAGCAUAGCGCCUCCCACUCCCCAAACCUCCAGUAACACCAAAGUGGUCAUCCUCCAGCCAGCCAAUCCACCUGCACCACAGGCAGUGAUCAGGGAAGGCUUAGCCAAUCAAUCAUCUUGCCAGCACAUUGUCAUCAUUCAGGCAAAUAAUCAGAACUCCCUACAGCAGAACCCCAGUGUGAAUGGGGCCCCGGUCGCAGUUCCUCUAACACAGCAGAUUGUUACGUCCAGCUGUCCGGCUUCCACUACUAAUGUGCACACGGUCGGCGGAAAGCAUCUGGUGCACAUUCUGCCACGACCACUAGCUCCACCCACUUCUAGCCCAGCACCACCCAUGCAGGCACCCCAGACCAUAACAGUGAAUGGGCAGGUCUUCGCUCUGCAGGCAGUGAAGCCACCGGCCGGGUCAUCUGUGAAGACUGCCCUGCAGAUUGUCCAGCCUACAACCAGCGAGGACCCAAACACCAACCUCACACUGCACACCCUGGGGGCACUCGCCGAUCUCAACCAGAGUAUUUCAAAUGUGUCCAAUCAGAGCCUACAACUCAAUGUGACCCCGCCCUCCUAUCCUCUGGCCCCGAUUCCUUUUCCCGUCACCACAGCAGCAGUAAAUUGUAGUCCUGCUUUAGCCACCUCUACCACUUCGGUUAUCAGUCCAGUUGGGGGCCCUGUGAAGGUAUUACUGAGGAAACCCGGGCCAACCCUAGCAGCGAAACCUAAGUCAAGACGCCCUGCCUCUAAGAAGGGUGUUUCAACCAAGAAAAUGGCACCCAGACAGAGGGAUGAUUCUCUCCCUCAUCCUGGAAUGGGAGCAGGUCAGAUUCUGCCUGCAAUUGAAAAGCAAAUCCAGUCGACAGAGCCUUCAACAUCAACCGACAUGCCAGAAAGGUGCUCCUCUGCCAGGUCUACAGAACCUGCCCUUCAGCAGUCUGAGGAACUUAACAAUGCACAGUGUGUCACGUCCACAGUGGGUGGAACCUCUGGCUCUGGUGCCAGUUCCAGUGCUAGUAGAUCCAUAGUUUCCACUUCAGGUUCUCCGGAGUGUAUCUUUGCCGUUAGCCAUAUGACUUUGACACUGAAUGGACCUACAGUUACUAGUGAGAGUCCUGCUCAGAGCAAAUCCAUAUCAUCUACUGCAGGUUCUUCAGAAUGUAGUAAAUCUGUGGUCAUCUUCACCAUUAGUGGACCCACGGUGUCUCCAGUGAGUGAACCUGUAGUGUCCGGUGCGACUUUGACGGAAUUCCCACCUGCUGUGAGCUGUGUCAGUUCCUCGAUCAGUAGACCCAUAGAUUCUCCUGUGAGUUCCACAGUGAGUAAACUUCUAGUUACCAAUGACGCUUCCACUAUUGGUAACCACAAAGUGCCCAGUUCUAGCUUUACAGUUACUGGGUUGAGUUUGUUGACGGGCACAUCGGUCAGUCAUCCUUUAGACCUUCAGGAUUCCCUGGCUAACGAACGCCCAGCACUUACUGCCUCUUCUUUGGCUACCCUUACAAGACCGUGUUCAGUAUUCACUUCCUCACCUGCUCCAAACGUUCUUCCUCCACUCACUGAGUGCGCAAAGUCCACUCCUCCUCAGACUGUGAUUUCCCCAUUAGAACCCACAAUGUUGUCUUUGGCAUCGCCCCAGGGUAAUACUGUUCCUACUGAGCCAAGCAUGAAGACUGCUGGAAGAGAUAGUGACCCCAGUGGACACAGGUUAUCUGAUGAGGGAACAGAUAAAGGGGUUCCAGGAGGAGGAGAUGAGCUGUCCAGGAAGGCUUCGGCUCCACCACAACAUGUGUGUGAAAUGGAGCAGGACACUCUUGGGCAGCCUCUGCUAUCCAGCCGACAGACGGAGUCCCCUGUGUUAGCUGGGCCUGGUGGUGCUCGUGGGUUCUCUGUGGCGUCCAUGCUUCCCCCUUGCCAUGGAGUGAGCGCACCUGGAGUCUCCUUUGCCACCUUCACCUUUACCUCGGAACAAGCAGAGAUCUUGGCUAUGGCUGCCAGAGCUAUCUUUGAACAAGACAGUCCCGGGAGGAGAUCUGGAAGCUGUGGGAUGGAGAGUCCCACACCUGGCCUUGCAUCAGGUCUCUCCUCAGGUCCCACGUCAGACUGGGACCUUACAAAAGCUCAGCAGACCUCCCACUCCAAGGAGAGGCCAACAGGAUCCCAGCCCAAGCUGCCAAAAGCAAGCGAAAUUACAGCAGCUAGGCCUCUUUCUGAGGUCUCUGUUGAGUCUCUAGAAGCACCGGCUAGGGAGCUUCUGGCUGCUUCCUACCCACAGUCUUCCCAGGCCCAUUCCCAGUCCUCCCACUCUCCCAGUGCCGGUAGCCUCAGUGUUAAUAACUUGAUAAGGCCUACUAGUUCCUGUCAGCCCUAUCCCUGUUCACCAAGCUUGCCGCAGCAGGUAUCAGCGCCAUCACCUGUGGUCCCCUCUAUGACCCAGCCCCCUGUUCUCCUCCCACCCUGCUCUGCCUCGGGACAAUUAUCUGAGUUGACUCCCUCGAAGACAGCCCUCAUGAGGGCAGCGGGUGCCGAACGCCGCAUGAAGGACUUGCCCAAACGCACCGCCCAGGAUGACAUGAUGGUAUCAGGCAGCAAGAGGCCAAAGCCCUGCUCUGCCAAUGCCGUGACCCGAAUAGACAUGAAGGCUGUGUCUUCAGAUCAUGUGCAGGUGAUGCCUGGGCACCCUCCUGCUAGCUUAGGAAGCUCAUCUGCUCCCGGCAACCGAGCUCACUCCACAGAUGGGAUCAGCCCAUUGUUCCCCGGGAAUAGCUUCAUGAACACGGUCCUAAGGCAAACCGAUAGCCACUGCAGCUCCCAGGUGCUCCAGCAGGAGCAUCUGCAGCCGAGUCGCAGUCAACAUGGCAAUACUGGCCACCACCAAACAGGAAACCCUUACCUGAAGCAACAGGAGCAGCAGCAGCUUCAAGGCCAAAGGCAACAUCUGUACCAGCUGCAGCACCACUUGAUCCAACCUGACCCCACACAGCUUCAUAGCCUCCACCAGAGGGUACUGCAGCAAGAUCAACACAUACAAAAAAAGCGGGGAAUGGUCCGAGGAGGUCAACAAGCACCAAUCAUUAGCCUUACACAGAAGCAGCAUCAUGUGGAGAAGAAUGGACAACAGCAGCAGCAACCGCAGCAGCAGCACCAUCAGCAACAGCAGCAGCAACCGCAGCAGCAGCACCAUCAGCAACAGCAGCAGCAACCGCAGCAGCAGCACCAUCAGCAACAACAGCAACCUCAGCAGCAGCACCAUCAGCAACAACAGCAGCAACCGCAGCAGCAGCACCAUCAGCAAUCACAGCAUCAUCAGCAGCAACAGCAACAACAGCAUCAUCAGCAACAGCAACCACAGCAACAGCCACAGCCACAGGCUUCCCACUCGAUGCACCAACACAUCCAACAACAUCUCCAGCAGCAGCAGCACUUUGGUAGCCGCCAUCAAGAGAAGAGCCUCCUACACCCUCAGCAACAGUCACGGCAGGACCAGCAGGUCACUCAGAGCCACAGUGUCAUGCAAAGGCUGAUCAGCUCCAGGUCUCUGGAACAGCAGUUGACCCCACAAGCUGGCAGCACUGUGUCACGUUCCUCUGAUAUGACUUGUGCCCCGUCGCGGCAGGAGCGCCAUCGCAUCUCCAGCUACUCUGCAGAGGCUCUCAUUGGGAAGUCUUCGUCCAGUGGUGAGCAGCGCCUGGGGCUUCCCCUGCAGGCCCCUCGCUCUGCCCAGGACCAGCCGGACAUGCGCCCCUACCUGGAUGUGUCACGAGGGAAAGGGACCCACAACCCACAGGGACGGCUUCCUCCAGAGCACCCGGGGCCUGGGGACCUGCAGCGUGUAUCUGAAUGUGCCCCCUUCAAAGCUCUGAGCGGGGGACAGCACACGCUGGCCGGCUUUGAAGCACAGGCUUCUAAGCCUGGCCCAACGGCACACCGAUCUGUGCAAACGCAAGGCUUCAGGAUGGGAUCCAGCGUAGCGGGGGACCGGCAGCCUCGGGGGCCAUACCCUGGCCAGCAGGGGGUGCCUGUGGGCACCGGGGUCCAGCGAGACCACGACAGCUGCCAGCAGAGCUUCAUGCAGAGCCUCCUGGUGCCACAGGUAGAGCAGGUGGGCCACCAGAGGGCUCCACAGUGCUGCCCCCCUGUCAGCAUGGACUAUGGCUGUGUGUCGGGCACCCCAGGGGGGGACCUGCAGGCUAAGGCUGGCAGCCCCAGCGUGCCCCCCGUACAGAAGCCACCUGCCAUGCGGCUCAGUGACACCAGCAAGGGGCACAUUAAUGCACAAAUCGGAGGCAACAUGCACAGUGGAGGGGUCAGGGCGGGCCUGCACCCCCCCACAUCUCACAGCAGCGUCGAAUCCAGUCUCCCCGCUGCCCCCCCCACAGUGGCCCGGCCACUGAAUGCAGUCAGCCAGCGUUCCCGCCACCUGGGCCCAGACACCCAGAGUGGGAAGCUGCGACCCACAGAGCGGUCUCGACCCAGCACUCUGCGGCCCGGGAACCCGUUUGAGAGCGAGGGGCACCUGGCCCUGCCCACAGGGGGCGGCGUCCUGUUGGGCCGGCAGCAGCCAGGGGGUGACGCACGCAGGGGCAGUAUUGUGCGCUUCAUGGCUGACAGCGUGCAGGUGGGGAGCGAUGGCUUGGUGUCCGACCAGCACCUGACCCAGAAUUUCGGCUUCUCCUUCAUCCCAGACAAUGCCCCCGGCAUCAAUACAAACCCCACCUUCAUGCCUCCGGUGAGCCAGUCCAGCACGGCCCGUACCCCGUCCAUCCUGCCGGUGGAGCCACAAGCCCCACUUUCCUCCUUCUACCCCUCGUACUCCCCCGCGGCACACCCCAGCCUGCCCAGUGACAUCCAGCUGCAAUACUUCCCCAACCAAAUGUUCAGCAGCCCCAACACAGAGAAGGCCCCUGGGCCGCCGCUCAACAACCGUUUCGGCUCCAUCCUGUCACCACCCCGGCCAGUGGGCUUCGCACAGGCCAGCUUCCCCCUCCUCACCGACAUGCCCCCCAUGCCCAUCACCAACUCCUCGGCCAUCACCCCGCAUCUGUCCAAUUUCAACCUAACCUCUCUAUUUCCUGAAAUCGCUACAGCGAUGCCAGCCGAUGGCUCCACCAUGCCCAUGUCCCCGCUGCUGUCUCUCAGCAACACAUCAUCCUCGGACUCCGGGAAACAGCCCAACCGCCCCGCCCACAAUAUCAGCCACAUCCUUGGGCAUGAUGGGACCUCUGCCAUCUGAUUAGAUUGGUCACGUGGGUGGCACAGUGUUAAAAAUCCACCCAUGUUCUGUUCAGGGUGCUUUUCUUAAUUUUACAUUUUUUUAUUUUUGACAAUCCUCAUUCCUGUGGACACUGCUGUUACCUGGCGUAUCUGACAACCACCAGAGACUUGGAAAGACCUUCAAAAAUGACAUUGCAUGACAGUGACACUGGCCAUAGUGAUCUAUCAUUUUCUUUAUUAUUAUUCUUUUAUUUGUUUUUUUAGAUUUCACAGAGUGGUGGGGUGAUUGGGCUCACUUUAUACAAAUGUUUACAGUUCUAUCUCCUCAGAGAGGAGGCCUGUGACAUUUUUCAGCAGCUGUAGCACAAACCGUGACUGUUUCUCACUAAAUAACCAAACUGAUAUCAGGGUUGAUUUUAUAGCAAUUUGGAGCUGUGUGUAAAAUGUAAAAUUUCUUAUUUAUAAUAACUGUUAGUACAUCAUGUAGAUACUUGUAAAUAUAUAAAGUUGAUUAUUAAAGAUUUUCUAAUU